AUGGAUCCAGUCAGCUUUGCCGUCGGUAUCAUCGGUCUGGCGGGGUUGUUCAGCACCUGCCUAGAGGUUGUGGAAAAGUUCGACUCAUUCAAGGAAUUCGGUAUCGAGUCUCGGUCUAUAAGCGCGCAAUUCGAAGCGCAAAGGUUACGCUUGCAAAAAUGGGGUCAGGCUGUGGGCCUGCAAGGGGACACCCUGAUGGAGAAGCAUAGCAAGCUGCUGGAUGAUCCACGGACCUACUCAAUAGUUGAGAAAUUAUUGUCUGCAAUCCAAGGGGUUUGCACUUAUGCGGAUGACCUUGCUUUAGGGCCUGUCUCCCCCAUCGAACAACGUCAGUCUUUCCGGGAUCAACUGUGGCCGAGACAAGGUCGUCCGGCUGCCCCACACGAGUCGAAGCGGGAGAAGAUUAGCUGGGCAUUAAGAAAAAAAGCCAAGAAGAUGGCGCAAGUGGGCCAAUUCUGUUCUCUUGUGGAUAAUCUUCAUAAUUUGGUUCCUGUCUCUGGAGGGCGAGUUAAUGAUGGGUCUUCGCAACCUGUAGAGUCUGGUCAAGGCGAAGAUAUGUAUAAGCCCAGCGGUAACGCCAUGGAUCAAGGUGGAUGGAUCACAGAGUUUGGGCAGAUUCUGAGUGGCAUAGAGAAUGAGAUUGAAGACGAAAUCAAACGUGAUCUUCACCCGUGGUUACUCGGCCCCAAUUCUCAAAAUGAAUUGUUUGAGAUAUCAGCAGGAAAGAGGAUCCAAGGCACUUGCGAAUGGGCCCUGAGUCGGGAUUGGUUCCAGGAUUGGUCUUCCUCGCACUUUCCCGAACGCGCAAAAGUGCUUUGGAUCAACGGCCCUGCUGGCUUUGGAAAGUCAAUCUUAUGUGCAAGAAUCGUGGAGCACAUGACCUCGACAUCGAAGGCCCCAGUCGGUCAUUUCUUCUUUUCAUCGGACUUCGAAAGCAGACGGGACCCAUUUAUCGCCAUUCGUUCCUGGAUCUCGCAAACAAUGUCUAACGCUAUUGCAUUUGGCUUGAUACGUCAGAGGGCGUCCGCAAAUCAAGGCCAGAAGUCUACCCGUGGGGACAUAGUCCGACUAUUGCGAGACAUUGUGGAAAGUAUCCCUCAAUGUACAUUCAUCAUAGAUGGGCUAGAUGAAUGCGGCUGGGCUGGCGAUGGGCUGAAGAAUGACGAAGGCGAUUCUGUCUUCAAUUUCUUGGAGACCCUCAAAAAUGCGGUAGGAGGCACACAAACGCGGAUUCUUAUCGUGAGUCGUGAUGAACCAGAGAUCCGGAACUCUCUUUCCAACGACGAUCACGAUGAUGUUCUUAUCUACCGCCACAAGAUCAGGCCCGACGAUGUCCGUUCUGACACCGAAAUAUAUUCACGCAGCAUUGUCAACAAAAAGCUGUCAAAUCGUACAGAGGCUACCAAAGAAGAUAUCGCGAUGAAACUAUCUGAUCGCUGCAAUGGACAGUUCCUGUGGGUAAAAAUGCAAGAGGAUUGUCUACGCAGUGGCAAGAACAGGACAAUUUCGCUCUUGCGCUGGACAGCUUUUGCUUUGAGGCCAUUGACGGUGAACGAAAUCACCGCAGCACUGUUGAUAAGUGAUGACUGCGAAGAAGUGCGGGUAGACGAGCUUCCGGACAACGUCGAUGAUGAUUAUAUCAACACGGAGAUCCUAGAUCUCUGUGGUUCUCUGGUAGAAAUCCGAAUUUCCCAGGCAGAGACUCAGGCCGGGCUGAGAACAGUUCACUUGGCGCAUUUCUCGGUCAAGCAAUACCUUCUCUCCAACAUUCCGUCUCAAGGAAGAAUUGUACAAAUAAAUUCGGCUUUGAAAGUUUCCGGAGAAGCAAUGCAAAGCACACUGCUUGCCAACAUGUGUCUCUGUUAUGUGCAAUGCGAGGACGUUUGGACUGAGUGCCCGGAUGAGGAGGGAGGCAAAAAUGUGCUGACUGCUUUUCGAAACUAUGCUGCUGGCUCAUGGCAGCAGCACGCUUCUCUCGGAAAUAUGAAAGAUGAGCGAUUUAUCAGACUUGUGAACCAGCUCUUCAGUACAGAAAACCCCAGUUGGGGUUCAUGGAAAAACUGGUUUGAUUUGAAUGAUAAAGAUGGUGGCAAAGGAGAGGCUUCCAAUACAAAGUCUGAAGAGACCAGUGAAAGCUCAGACAACGAAGAGGCAUCUCCGCCAAGCACGCCAGAUGGUGAUCGUUUGAAUUCCCAGAACACGUCAGACUGUCCGUUAUACUACGCAGCGUGGAUGGGUUUGGAUGAAACCGUGGACUUGCUCAUCCGCAAUUACAAGGGAAGAAUCAACGAACAAGGAAACAUGGGAUGGACAGCAUUGGCCGCAGCUUGUGGAAGAGGAAAUUUGGAAAUCGCCAAGAGGCUACUCGAAAAUGGGGCCGAUCUGACAAUCAUGAAUAAUGAGGGGAAAACGCCACUUGCACUCUCCUGCCUCAAUGGUCACUACGAAGUAGUCAAGCUGCUUCUGAAGAACGGGGCUGACAUCGAAACGGCAACCCGUCGUUUGGCCACACCACUUUAUUGUGCCGCAUUUGGGGGGCACCUCAAAAUCGCUGAGCUACUUCUUGAUCACGGAGCUAAUAUUGAUGCCCAACAUAUCAAUAAAUGGACCCCACUGCAUGCAGCAGUUGAUGGAGGCCAUAAUGAGCUGGUUGAAUUGCUUCUGAGCAGGGGUGCGGAUAUCAAGAUCCCCAUUAACACUGGUAGAGUACCCUUUUAUACCGCUGCGCGGAAUGGCUCGCUCGAACUCGUUCGACUUCUGUAUGAGUACAGCCCCGAUAUAAACGUCUCCACGCAAGAGGAUCAGUGGACCCCACUGAAUGUGGCUGCGGACCUGGGACAUUUUGAAGUCGUCAAAUUUUUAAUCGAGAAAGGCGCAGACAUCAGCAUCCCAAACAGCGCUCGAUGGACACCAGUAAAUUCCGCGGCAGAGAGUGGCCAUCUAGAGGUGGUCAAAAUACUCGUCGAAAAUGGUGCAGACAUUGAAGUACCCAACACCACAUCAAUGACACCGCUUUAUAGCGCUGCACUCAGAAACCACCCACAGGUUGUAGAGUAUCUCCUUGAACAGGGGGCGCGCACAGAUGUACAGCAUGAGCAUGGAUGGACCCCAUUGAACUGCGCAGCUGAGGAUGGUUUCAUUGAAGUGGCCAAAAUGCUUAUCGACCAUGGAGCUGACAUAGAAAUCGCCAAUGAUACCAACAUGACGCCUCUAUACAGUGCAUCAUUAAAUGGCCAUUCCGAGGUGUUGAAAAUGCUUCUGGACAAAGGUGCAAAGUGCGACGUUCCCAAUAAGAAUGGAUGGACCCCCAUCAAUGUUGCCUGUUCAAAUGGCCACACUGAAGUUGUCAGGAUGCUUCUCGAACAUAACCCCGACCUCGAAUAUCCGGAUAAUACUGGGUGGACACCAAUCAACGCAGCAGCCGACCACGGUCAUCUCGAGAUCGAGAAAAUGCUCAUUCAAACGACCGCCAAUAUCGAGGCAACUAACAAAAGCAAAAUGACGUCUCUGUACAGCGCUUCGCUCGGUGGCUACAGCGAGAUAGUGAAGCUUCUCCUAGAGAGGGGACCGAACAUCAAUGCUCAACACAAGAGCGGCUGGACACCGAUCAACGCUGCUUCUUCAAAUGGCCAUCUCGAUGUUGUCAAGCAGCUAUUGGCUAAAGGAGCCGAUAUUACGAUUACUGAUACAAAUGGAUGGACCCCACUGAACUCAGCGGCUGAGAGUGGUCAUUUUGAGAUAGUCAAUCUAUUACUUGCGCACGGUGCAGAUAUCGAAGCAAAGAACACUACUGGAAUGACUCCUUUAUAUUCUGCUGCCUGGGCUGGCCACACUGAAGUGGUAGAAGCUCUUAUUGCGAAGGGCGCCGACUACACAAUGCCAAACAAGAAUGGAUGGACCCCAGUCAAUGUGGCCUCUUCAAAUGGUCAUACGGAGGUGAUCAGACUUCUUCUUGCGCAAGAUCCUCUGCCUAGCCUAACAGAGAGUGAUGCAAACGGAUGGACCCCAUUGAAUGCAGCAUCGGAUCACGAACACGUCGAGGUUGUGAAGAUGCUUCUUGAGAAAGGAGCAGAAAGUACGUUAGAAACAGAAAACAGGAACAAGCAAACACCGCUUUACUGUGCCACCCUCAGAGGGUCGACCGAGAUUUUGAAGCUACUUAUCGAUAGUGGAGCAAAUAUUAAUGCCCAGAAGAAAUAUGGGUGGACUUCGGUCAAUACAGCCUGUUCGAAAGGUUAUAUAGAAGCCGUCAAGCUACUUUUGGCAAAUGGAGCUGACAUUUCGAUGCCAAAUUUCGUCAAUGCGACACCGCUAUACAGUGCCUCGGUCCAUGGAUAUACUGAAAUUGUCCGUCUUCUUCUCGAAAACGGCGCAGAUGUCAAUAUAGCGAGAAACGACAAAUGGACCCCGCUCAUGGCGGCAGCGACGAGGAGUCCUGAUAUAGUCAAGUUACUUCUGCAACGUGGCGCUGAUGCCGAGGUUGCAAACGACAAAGGACGUACGGUUUUACAUACGGCCGCGAUAACUGGAAACAUAGAAACAUGCAACAUGUUGUUCGAAUAUGCGAAUCCCGAGCUGGAAGCUCAAGACCAGUGCGGUCGGACCCCAUUCUCUCUCGCUGCUUUGAAAGGUCAUGUCGCCGUCAUGAAGCUCUUACAGUCGAAGAAUGCUUCUGUGGAUUCCAGGGAUAAGUACGGUGCCACGCCGUUGGUCCUGGCCGUUAGAUCGGGACAUUCAGAAGCCGUGGAAUAUUUGCUUUCAUUGAACACGUCCGAAAUUCCUACUCAUAGUGAGCUUGGUGGAGAUCUAUUCUGGUGGGCUCUUGGAAGUGGGAACGACAAAGUGAUGGACCUGGUGGGCCGAUCUAUCGGCACAGCAAACGUUAAAACUUCCGAAGUCGAUUCCGAAACCAAAUGCUCUUUGGCCAAAUACGACCCAGCAGAUCGCUGGUGUGAUGUGUGUACCCGAUCAAUAGCGAAGGGUGAUAUUUACCAGAACUGCAAGGACUGCUAUGAUUUCGAUGUCUGCCUACAGUGUGUCGGCUUUGGAGCCCAGUGCUCUGAUUCCUCUCAUACUUGGGAGAACAAGGAGCCUGAUCCGGAGCCUGAGAAGCCUGAAGAGGAUGAAUCUACGAAGGUGGUUGAAGCAGUGUCCCCUGUUUAG